AUGGGAUAUCGCUGCACUCUCUACCCGUCUGCACCUGACCAACGUUCACCUGCCGAAGCAUUACCGGGACGUCGACUACAAACGCAAUUCGGUCUAAUGUUACCUUCUAGAGAUAUCACAAACGGUACACGAGAUGUCAAAAUGGAAUCUCAAUUCAAUCGUCGAAGUGUACAUGACGCCGCAGCUUUGAGAUCAACGACACGAUUUUUGCCAUUAUUAUCCAGGAUUACCGAGGACGGAAACUUACUUGCACUCCCGGUUUCAUCACACGCUGUGUUGGAAACACAACCUACACUGUUCACUGUGGAAAAGAAGUAUGGACUCAACACGUAA